AAAAAAUCUGAAACAUUAGAUGAAUAGAUCUAAAGAUACCACAAAAGAAAUCACAGCCGUACAUACAAACACUUUCAAACCUAUUUAUAGUCCCUCCCCUCAUUUCCAUAUUUCCUCGCUUCCCCUCUCUUUUCUUCCUCUCCUUAUCCUUGUUAUACUCCUUUCUUGGGUUGUUGUUUCUCCAUUUUCGUCACAAAAUUGAGUGUGAAAGAGUGAAAAAAAGACCAAAAACAAUGGCUACUUCAUUGUCAGUGGAGAAGACAACCUCAGGAAGGGAGUACAAGGUUAAGGAUUUGUCUCAGGCUGACUUUGGCAGGCUUGAAAUUGAACUUGCUGAAGUUGAAAUGCCUGGAUUGAUGGCUUGUCGUACUGAAUUUGGUCCUUCUCAGCCCUUUAAAGGUGCUAAGAUUACUGGAUCUCUUCACAUGACUAUUCAAACUGCUGUUCUUAUUGAAACUCUUACUGCUCUUGGUGCUGAAGUUCGUUGGUGUUCUUGCAACAUCUUCUCUACUCAGGACCAUGCUGCUGCUGCUAUUGCUAGGGACAGUGCAGCAGUCUUUGCCUGGAAGGGUGAGACCCUCCAGGAGUACUGGUGGUGCACAGAGAGGGCACUUGACUGGGGUCCUGGUGGUGGUCCCGACCUCAUUGUCGAUGAUGGUGGCGAUGCUACCUUGUUGAUCCACGAGGGAGUCAAGGCUGAGGAAGAAUUUGAGAAGUCUGGCAAGGUGCCCGACCCUAGCUCAACUGACAAUGUUGAGUUCCAGCUUGUCUUGGGUUUGAUCCGUGACAGCUUGAAGGUUGACCCUAAGAGGUACCACAAGAUGAAGGAGAGAUUGGUUGGUGUCUCCGAAGAGACCACUACCGGUGUUAAGAGGCUUUACCAAAUGCAGGCUAACGGCACUUUGCUCUUCCCUGCCAUCAAUGUUAACGACUCUGUCACCAAGAGCAAGUUUGACAACUUGUAUGGAUGCCGCCACUCCCUCCCAGAUGGUUUGAUGAGAGCCACUGAUGUCAUGAUUGCCGGAAAGGUUGGUGUUGUCUGUGGAUACGGAGAUGUCGGUAAGGGCUGUGCUCUUGCAUUGAAGGCUGCUGGAGCUCGUGUGAUCGUGACUGAGAUUGACCCAAUCUGUGCUCUCCAAGCUCUUAUGGAAGGUUUCCAGGUCUUGACCUUGGAAGAUGUUGUCUCUGAGGCUGAUAUCUUUGUCACCACUACCGGUAACAAGGACAUCAUCAUGGUCGACCACAUGAAGAAGAUGAAGAACAACGCUAUUGUUUGCAACAUCGGUCACUUUGACAAUGAAAUUGACAUGGCAGGUCUUGAGAACUACCCAGGAAUCAAGAGGGUUACUAUCAAGCCCCAAACUGACCGAUUUGUCUUCCCCGAGACCAAGACUGGAAUCAUUGUGUUGGCUGAGGGUCGUCUCAUGAACCUUGGCUGUGCAACUGGUCACCCUAGCUUUGUCAUGUCUUGCUCAUUCACCAACCAAGUCAUUGCUCAGCUUGAGCUGUGGAAUGAGAAGGCAUCCGGCAAAUAUGAGAAGAAGGUCUACGUGUUGCCCAAGCACCUUGACGAGAAGGUUGCUGCUCUUCACCUUGGCAAGCUCGGUGCCAAGCUCACCAAGCUCUCUAAGGAUCAAGCUGACUACAUCAGUGUCCCAGUCGAAGGUCCAUACAAGCCUGCUCACUACAGGUAUUAGAGCAGGAGCAUGAAGAUUGUGGCCUGUCGGACAUUUCGAGAGGAAAGGGGACGAUGUUCCUUAUAUCAUAAUUUUCCCUUAGGAUUUUAGUUUAUGCUUUUCAUUCGUUGUUGGGGGGGUUGGAAGGACAAACAUCAAAGUGUGUUUUGAAUUACAUGUCUGAAUUGGGAUUGAAUAAGGCGAUGUUUAAUGUUUAAAUUUAAUGUUUGUAGUCGCUCAGCCGGACUUGUUGUUGGUAUCUUGCAUUAUGGCUAGUCUGGUUAUAAUUUUUCUGUCAAUGAAUAGGAAUGAGUGUUUUGUCA